AUGCUAGAGAGCAAGGAUGAGGAGACACAGCAAAGGGAAGACGGUUUUGUGGACGGAAACUCUGGGGAGUUACUCCCUGUUGAUUUCUACACCAAGGGACGAAAGCCUCGUGAGGACCAGAAGGUCGAGUUUAUGAGUGGGAAUGCAAAGGACUUUUCUGAAGGUACUGGAAGAGUCUGCUUUGCAGAUGUUGUAAAUGCACUUGAGACAGAGAACCAGAGUCUGGAGGAGGAAAUCAGAGGGCUAAGAAGAAGAGAGGAAAGAAUAAGCAAGGAAAACGAUGCCCUGAAAGACAUUCUCUGUGGACUCCUGGCUCGGACCUCCUCCUGA